CAAGAUGAUAACUACCCAGACUAAAAUUAUAUUAUCCAAACAUGAAGCAACCCCCAAGGAGUCAAGAACCAGUUGCGAUUGUGAUAAUUUAAUCAUGGAAUGCUACCAACCUUAGUGAAAGCAAACCAAAACUGAAGUUCCCUAAUUAAUUUAUCAAACCACCAAAUCCCCAUAUUUAAACUCCCAACUCCAUCAAGAUCACAACCCUCCCCAUACCAGAAAGUCCUCCUCCUCCUCCUACACACUUUGCAUCCUCUUUCGGGGGCCAGAAUCGACCACCAACAACCAUGGGAGCAUCCAGCGACGCCACCACAACCACCCCAUCCGCCACCCUCUCCCCUUCCAUCCUCAAAAAAAUACUCAUCUCCUACACCUACGUAGCCAUAUGGAUCUUCCUUUCCUUCACCGUAAUAGUGUACAACAAAUACAUCCUGGACCGAAAAAUGUAUAAUUGGCCUUACCCCAUCUCCCUUACACUCAUCCAUAUGGGCUUUUGUUCCUCCAUAGCUAUCCUCCUCGUCCGGAUCUUCCAUGUUGUAGACCUUCCUUCUUCCAUGUCACCCCGUCUCUACCUCUCCUCUGUAGUCCCCAUCGGCGCCCUUUACUCCCUUUCCCUUUGGCUGUCUAACUCAACCUACAUCUAUCUCUCUGUUUCCUUUAUCCAAAUGCUCAAAGCCCUAAUGCCAGUUGCUGUUUACUCCAUCGGUGUUCUCUUUCGUAAAGAUUCUUUUAAAUCUUCCACCAUGGCUAACAUGCUGUCUAUUUCUUUUGGGGUCGCCAUUGCUGCUUAUGGAGAAGCCAAAUUCGAUGCUUGGGGUGUUCUUUUACAGCUUGGAGCCGUUGCUUUUGAAGCUACGAGACUGGUUUUGAUCCAAAUACUCCUUACUUCAAAAGGAAUUAACCUUAACCCAAUUACUUCCCUUUAUUACGUUGCUCCUUGUUGUUUCCUUUUCUUGCUUAUUCCCUGGGUUACAGUGGAACUUCCUUCACUUAAAGAAAACUCAAGUUUCCAUUUUGAUUACUUCAUCUUCGGGACUAACUCUUUUUGCGCUUUCGCUUUGAACCUGGCGGUGUUUUUGUUAGUCGGGAAGACCUCGGCUUUGACAAUGAACGUGGCUGGUGUGGUCAAAGACUGGUUGCUGAUAGCCUUUUCGUGGUCGGUGAUUAAAGAUACGGUGACUCCAGUUAACUUGUUUGGUUAUGGGCUUGCAUUUUUGGGGGUUGCUUAUUAUAAUCAUUCAAAGUUGAAAGGGCUUAGAGAGAGGGAAGCACAGAGGAAGGCUGAAGAGGCUGAUGAUGAGGAAAGUGGCAGAUUGUUGGAUCCGACUGAAGGGGAUGGGACUACAAGAAGAAAUGAAUCGCAGGGUUAACUUUGAUUUCAUACACUUUAAUUUCAAAUUUCUUUUAGCUUUUCUUUGCUUUCUCCGUUUAUGGUUGGCUGCAGUCAUGUUAUUGGGGGAGUUUUGUUGGUUAUCUUGUCAAUGGUGCCAAUUCAUGUUGUAGCUGUGCAGAUUUAUACUGAUCAUAAUUUAGAUCUGUCACAAAUUUUACUUAUGCUUCUGGAGCUAGAGAAUUUACUUUUAUUUGUCGGAUCAACUCACUUAUUUUAUAUUCAGCAUCAUAGUCUUUUAUUCCGUACACAACUUAGAGAGGUGAUUGCCUUUUUCUGAUUGUGAUCAAAUGUUCAACUCAAUCAUACAUUCACUUUCAAAUUGUUGGUCUGAUAUUUGGUGGAUGAUGUUAGCAAAAAGCCUUUUGUUUUGUUUUUCUUUUGUGAAAGUAAGCCUUUGAUGAUUGCAAUUAGCAUUGCUGUGGAUUCUGGAUUGAAAGUUAACUAGUAAAAUGUAAAAACAAAUUCAAGAAGAAAACCUUGGGCGCUGUCUUAUAGAUCAUGGGUUUAGACUAUACCUAUUGAGUUUGGAUUUAUAGCUGCUUAGGGAAAUAAGGGUUUGAAGAAGGGAUGGGCAGACUUGAUAAUGGUAUAAAGGAACCUAGUGCUUACCUUCUUUACAUGUUCUUGUGGACGCUUGUACCUUUUCCAGCUUGAUCGGUUAAAACGUUUGAAACAAUGCUAUGCUAUCUUUUUUUUUAAUAAUAUUGGAGCUAAUGGGAUCGCCAAUCCCCUGCAUCCGUUAAUCAGAACCUAAUCUAAAAGUCGUAUUUCAAUCAGAUCUUUUCAUUGCUGAGCAAGCCAAAUCGGAUAUUAAGAACUGGUAAGCCAAAUGAAGUGUGAGUUGCUAAAUGCUAUACAACUUGCUACUAAUGGCUGUAAUUCAUCCAUAUAAUUCAUUAUGUUUAAUCUAAGUGAUCAAACCUCAAACCGAAGAAUAUAAUAUAUGUCAAAGCCUAUUCAACAAAUAAUAUGUAUUAAGAAAAGAUAAUUAGUUGUAAUAUUUUGUUCCAACUAAUUCAAGAAUUCCUUCGUCUUUGUCUUCCACCACACCUUUCAACUUGUUGAGGAAAAUGUUGAUGAUGAACCAUGGAGGAGCAUCCACCUCCCAAAUGUCUUCUAGUGAAAAGUGUGCAUCAUGAACUAAAGCAAGAUGCUCCUCCAUAUGUUGGUGGUCUCCCUUAUACUGGCCGUUUUGAAAUGGGCACUCAGUCUUCAAGGAUUUGAAGUAGUCUCGAUGAGGAACAGACAUUUCAACCCCACGAAUAUUGUUUCUACAAAGGGGACUUUUAGCAACAAUAAAAAAUCAAACCUCUAUUUGGAGGAAAAGGUAACACGUUCCACCCAUUUUGCAAAGGAAUACAAUCCCUUCUCCCCCAAAACGGAAGGAAUUGGUUCACAUAAGAAAGAUUUUAGAUAGAUGAGCCACAAAGUAGGGGCUUGCAGGUCAUGUUUCUUCCCCCCACCUCUAGAAUAAUUUUCACUGUAACAUUGGAGGACGACUGGAUU